AUGCUCGUCAUGCUCUUUGCUGGCUGGGAGUGCGCUCAAACAUUUGGACGCGCGAAACAAGACCGUCAAAUGCGCGCCCGAGUCCUCAACGAAAUACUAGAAGCUCCUCCGGAGAAGCGUACAGAGAGAAUCCUCGAAUUAUGUUUUUUCGUCAUCGCGGAUAAUGAGAGUACUCGGUCUCGAUUGGAAAAUGAUGUGCUUCCGGAAGUGUAUGAAUAUCUUGAGAUGCAAAUGCGGAGGAAUGAGAUGGAUGGUGGAAGGUUCAGGGAUGUUUUGUGCGUAGAAAAGUGGAUGGGGUAUGAGAAGCAAGUUUUGAGAGUUAAGAAGCGUAUUGAGGAAUUUAAGGAGAAGGAGAGGGAGCGAGAGAAAGAGAAGGAGGAGGCGCCUUUGGAGGGAGGGAUUUCGAAGAAUGCACGAAAAUCGGGGAAAGAUGAAGCGGGAUGUGUGGAUCUUGAGAAGGGAGUUUGA